UUACUCAGCCCAGGUGUUGGUGUAUGAUAAUGAGGUGUACCUGGUGCAGGAAGUCGGCGAUGAGCAGGAGCUGGAGACAGUUGGGGAGGCAGGUGCUGGGAAAUCGGAGUUAAUUUUCUGUAUCCUGUUACCAUUGUUGAUGCACAGUUCCUAUGUCAGCCAGAUCACUAAGGUUUCAUGUUAUUAGAAAAAAGAAAUUUUACCCGCUGUUGUACUCUUUACAUUCAGUUUGGACUAGGAUUUAUGACUCCAGUUUUGCUUCAGCUAACAGACUGAUAAUAGUUUCAGGUUACCACAAAGAGACACGCCAUUGUUCAAACAGCUGCAAAUAUUUACACUUAUACGUACUGGGCUGGUGCCACUGCCAGAAUUGUUGGUCAAACUGACAGCUUAACUAAAAAUGGCAGUUAAAGUUAGAAUUCACUCAUUCUUUGUUUUACUGCUCAACAGCUUUUUGUUCUGUAUUUGUAUUUAUGGUGUAGUACAGUGUGUAGACUGUGGUGCAUUUUUUCUAGUACUAAUCAUUGCCUUCAGUUUUCAGUUCAAUUUUUUGUGUAGCACCAAUUCACAACAGUUGUCUCAAGGGCACUUUACAUAAUUAGGUAUAGACAUUAUACUAUUAUAAUGUUUCUGUUUUCCAUUGGUACAUCUUGGCCUUCUGUGUCUCCUCACCCUUGAAAUAAAAUUGCCAUCUGGUGUAUUAUAGAUCUAGAGGAUUAGAGAAUGUGGACAGGGUACGAGUUCAAAUAACUCUGGAUCUAAAGUUCACACACUGGUUUCAUAUAUUCAGGCUUAGAACAUGUGUUGGUUUGUUGUGGUUGGGCUGAAAUGGGGAAUGUGUCUGAAUAUGUCAUAUGAUUCUAUUGCCAGCACCAAAUUGUCUGAUAAAGUCUGAGGGUUGCCACCUUUGUAUCCACACACUGCCACCUUGUGGAGUUUUUUGGACAGCUGCUUUUUUAUGAACAGUUGAGGUGUCCAGUGUUAUCUCAGUAAUCUCUAAUUAAUCCCUUAUUAAAAUGGUAAUUAGUGUCUAAUCCAGUGCCGUGUUCGUAAGUAUGAAACAGACUGAAAGAUCGAGGCAGUAUAAUAUUGAACUUAGCUUUCCCUAAGCUUUAUUUGUGCAUAAAUCAAAAUCUGACGUUUCAGCAAGCAGGACAGGAAGUUGUCAUAAUUACCAAGAAAUGAUUUAGUACUACAUAAAUUUGCACAUUUUGUCUGCUUGGAUGUCAGAAAUUUUGAAGAAGAGUAUUUAAUUGUGUAUUUUAUGUUUAGCUUGACUCUACAAGUGGUUCAUUUUUUGGAAUUACUGUAAAUGUGAUUGUACUGGGUAGCUGAGAAAAAAGGUGUUCGUAAUGGUCCACUAUAAAUACAUACAGUAAUUGCUAUAUUUUAAUGUAAUCCUGUUGUUUGUUUAAUCUUAUAAAAACAAAGUUAUUGAUAUCUAAAAAAAAAAUCACAGGAAAAAAGUUUGCAUUUCCACUGGUGUGUUUAUUGCACAUCAGUAGGAAACAAUCCUGUAGAGCUGUCAACCCAAAUGUAAGAGUGAGUGUAGGUCGUGUUUUGACACAGUUUGCAUUUUAGUAUUCCAUUACUUUUUGUCUAAUAUUUUGCAUAAUCCACACAGGCUAUUUGCUUUCUAAAAAAGAAGCAGUCUGAGUUAUGGAAUUGAUAAUGAGCUAUGCUGUAACUGAUAUGUAUCUGUUGCAGUGCAUUUGACUUGUAUAAAAAAAGGCAACAAAACACAUGAUGUGAAGUAAUCCAAAUCCAUAGUUUAGAGCAACAAAUUCAUUACAGUCACUGCAAAACAUUUUUUCUUCAUUGUUGUGAGCGGAAGUAGUUUUGAUGUACGCUUGUUUACAAGUUUUAACGGGCAAUUCGUUGUGCAGACUGGAGCUUUGUUGUGUAACAGAUGUAUUUGUCCACUGACUUCAGAAAAGCAGUCAAUACCGUACAGCAUUUUGUGACGUACUCGCAACGCAAGAGGGCGAAGGAAGGAUUUCCUGUGUUGGCAGCGGAGGGAUACUUCUCUGACGCCGUAAUACAUCUCGUUGAAUUCGAUGAGAUUUCCCAUUAGCGGCGGAGUGAUCUGAGGUUGUAGCUUCCCGUACAAUUCAGUGAGAAGUCAAUGUGAAUCUGCAGCAAGUGAAAACAUGGCGACUUCACAGCAUGAGGGGCACGCAAAUCAGCUCGACCUACUCAUCAGGGCCGUGGAGGCUUCUGUUCACGGCAGUGUUCACUGCUCUGACAAGACCAUAGAGGCCGCAGAAGCUUUGCUACACAUGGAUUCACCUUCCAGCCUCAGAGAGGAGCGCAGCCCAGAAGCUUUUAUCCCACCAUGCAUAGCAACACCAGACUUCCUGCAUGCUGCCAUGCGUCCAGACAUGAUUACAGAGACAGAGGUGGAGAUAUCAACAGAGGACUGCUGCGAGGAGGAAGAGGAGGAGAUGGUCACCCUGCUGGAAGAGCCAGAGCCUGACAAUGAGCCCGUCAGGAAGAGGAGAGCUGGACGGAAGUCAAAGACACAUCAGUCAGCUAUUUCCAAUAGCUCACCGGACCUCUCCAUCAAGAAGAAACCAAGAGAAGGAAAAGCAGGGAGCACCACCUAUCUUUGGGAGUUCCUGUUGGACCUCCUUCAGGACAAGAACACCUGUCCCAGGUACAUCAAGUGGACACAGAGGGAGAAGGGCAUCUUUAAAUUGGUUGACUCAAAGGCUGUGUCAAAGCUGUGGGGCAAGCACAAGAACAAGCCAGACAUGAACUACGAGACCAUGGGACGGGCACUCCGGUAUUACUACCAGCGUGGCAUUCUUGCUAAGGUAGAGGGCCAGCGGCUGGUCUACCAGUUUAAAGAAAUGCCCAAAAACAUUGUCAUCAUUGACGAUGACAAGGCAGACAUGCUUGCCCCUGAUGACAUGAUGGGCUCAGACACUGCUGCAUCAUAUGAGCGUGUGCCACCGCCAUCAGACAUGCUGCUCCAGGUGGCCGAGCUGUCGUCAUCCAAGAAGCCUAACAUCCUGCGGGGCGCUAACAAAGCCAGCAUGGUCCAAACUCCUGUUGCUACAGGCAGCAAGACAGUAGCAGGAGGUGGUGCAGCAGGGGUUCCACGGAUAAUGACUGUUUCAGCAGCAACAGAUGGGAGUCAUACCCAGCAGUCUCACACAGCUGUCAUCCCAACUGCUACUGGGCCCAGGACAGUGCGGGUGGCUAUGCAGGUGCCUGUCGUCAUGACAACAUCGCUGGGUCAGAAGAUCUCUACAGUGGCUAUGCAGCAGCCAGAAGGAACAACAGGGGCAACCCGCCACACCACCCUCCUCACCAGCACUUCUGCUCUUGGUGCUGCUGCCCCUAAUGCCAACUCGCAACAGAAAGUUGUGAUCCAGGCCAUCCCUACCAUGGUCCCAGCCACAGCGGAGAAUGGAGAGAAGAUCACUGUCCAACUGGCCAAGAUCAUCACAAUCCCAGCCCAUCAGUUAGCUCAGUGUCAGCUCCAGACCUCCACAGGCACUAAUAAGCCCAGUGUUGGGGCCUCCCCAGCAGGCAUCAGCCUCCUUGGGAGUCCCCUGACGGUCCGGGCCCUGGCACCUGUUAACGUUGGCCCGGGAACACCGGUGAUGAGACUCACUGUGCCAACACAGACACAACAACAGACUGUUGUGGUGUCACAGCCGGGGAGUUUUGGAAGUGGGGCAGGGGCGAUAACGGCAUCAACAGCCAGUCAGUCGGUGGCAGCACAGCCUCAUAUCAUUAGCGGUGUCAUUAACGGUUCAGAGCUUGUGAUUGGAGUGCCGGCAACCGGAGGAGUCGCAGUGGAGAAGCUGAAGGCUGGUGCAAUCCAGAUGCAGGCUGUGCAGGUGCCAGUGACGGUGGCAGUCCACCCGAACCAGGUGAACCUCAAAACUAUCCAGAGCAUCAAGUCAGAGACUGUGGAUGCUGAGGUGGUUCUCAAACUAGAAACACCUGAUGUGAUAAAGACAGAAGAGCCUGAGUGCUGAAACACACACAUCUACCAAUACCUGUCUUCUCAUUCUCUGCCAGCGAGUGUUAGUUUGUACGCCUGAAGUUGUUUUUACUCAUGUAAUAACCAGCAGCAGUCUGUCAGACUUUAAAGACUCCUGAAGGCCUCUCCACAUUGUUCCUGUUGCUGCCUAGAACUUCACUGAACUAAGCUGGGCUCCCUCAGAACCACACUGAAACCUCUACAGGUGUUUGUGUACAGAUCCCUGCAACAUAGUAAUACACAGACUUGAAAAGGACUUGCUGGGAAAGGUAAAGGGACCAACCUUAAUCACUACAAUGUAUGCCUUCCAAACGGAUUGCUAUCACUGACUCGAAUUAGGGAAAUCCUUGAAAAGAUAAAAAGCUGAACACUACAAAAUGAGGCAAAUAAUUACAACCAACCAAAAAGUGUGUUUGGGGGGGGGGGUAUUGAAGCUUUGCAGGGUGCAUUUGUUUGCCUCUACAGAUGUUAAAACCAGCAACUUUCCCUUUUUUUUAAAACUAUCACUGUGCAGAUCAAGUGUGGGUGGUGCUAUGGAGAGAGAGAGGGAGAGAAAGAAAGAAAGUGGAGCUGAAAGAUGUCAGGAAAUGGUCAUGUAUGUACAUACAUAUAUAUAUACUAUACAGUUUAUGGAGCUAAAGUAACAGGUCAUCCAUAGAUUUUUAAUUUUCUUUUUCAUAUGUUGUCUGAAUGGUAAGAUGAAUAUUGUUUUUUGUUUUGAUACCCUGUACCAAGCACAGUAUUACUGAAAGUAGGAGGAACUAAUAAUUGUAUUAUUAGUUCCUACACAUGUAGACCAGUGGCCAGAUUGCUUCUAUUGUGUCCUCCAGGCAGAAAACAAAAAGGUCCUGGCUAUUUCUCAAUCUUAUAUUUUUUGGACAGUUUGCAUGGACAUGCAAAGAAUUAUAUGAGUUAGAGCUGACGCAUGCUGCCAAGUCUUGGGGGG